CUACAUAUUUUUAUUUAAUUCAUAGUAAAGGUACUGUAAAAUAGGUUGUGGGGUUAUUUUUUUAAUUGAAUUUAAUUGUUUCAUUUUUCUUUGUUUUUAUUUACUUACUACCCAACGUGCAGGAUUUCCCUUCACCUCAUUUGCAUACGACCGGCGCGACCAAUCAGACAGCGGUAUGAGUGACGUCGCGUAAUCUAUACGGCUAGAUUUUCUUUUCCACCUGUUUUGGAACUAUGGAACACAGCUUUCCCGCCUCCAGUGAACUUCUAACCAAUCCUAGCUCAGAACGCGAAAACUUGCUAGCCAAUAGUAGCACGAUAAUUGCAGAAGUGAUGCCCUAUUGGCCAAUCCAGCGCAUGGGCGGGGCUUUAGUUGGAAACGGGUUGGAAAUAAAUUCAGAGCGCGUCCGUGAGGCGCUGAAAUAAACUAUCCGAGUGUGCCGAGCUCUGAUCCACCAUCAGACCGAGCCGAGCCGAACCGAACCGAACCGAGCGAAUCACCCUGAUGUCAUGAACUGAAGCCGCCGUGCGCGCAGUGCCGGGUGGAGAAGCUGAAGUGCUGAGUGGAGCUGCACGGUGUUGUACGUGUGGUUUGUGGAUCCCCGGCUGAAGCUUUGAUGUGUCCUGCGUGCUGAUCACAGAUCAGAUUACCCGAGCUCCUCUGCGCUCCUGCUGCUUUUGAUCUGAGCUCUGAUCCUGAGCUGGAAGCAGAGGAGAGACAGAAGCAGCAGCAGCAGCAGUAGAGGAGGAGGAGGAAUGCAGGAGAGAAGGAGGUGAAGAGGAACCUGCUGGAGCAGCCUAGACUUCUUCUGAUCACCUUCAGGACCAAGUCACUGCUGAGUGAACAUCUGGGAGACCUCCAUGAUGGCGCAGCGGCCACAAAGGUCCACCUGGCAUUCUGUCCUGAAGACAUUUUUCCUGCAUUUAUUUCUAGUUGCCAUAGUGGCAGAGGAGAGACAGGAAUGCAGGGAACAGGAGUACAAGGACCAGUUUGGGAACUGUAUGGCCUGCAGGCAGUGUGACGCAGGACAAGAGCUAUCAAAGGAAUGUGGCUUCGGCUAUGGAGAGGAUGCCCGGUGUGUGCCCUGCAGAGCCAGCCGCUUCAAAGAGGACCGCGGCCCACAGAAGUGCAAGCCCUGCCUCGACUGCGCCCUCCUCAACCGCUUCCAGAAGGCCAACUGCUCCAGCACCAGCAACGCCGUGUGCGGCGACUGCCUGCCGGGGUUUUACAGAAAGACGAAGCUAAGUGGAUUCCAAGACAUGGAGUGCAUACCAUGCGGAGAUCCUCCACCGCCUUAUGAGCCUCACUGUAGCGGUCGUGUGAAUCUGGUGCCCAUCCCCGCCACAGUGACCAGCCCCAGAGACAUGGCCCUUGCUGCGGUCAUCUGCAGCGCCCUGGCCACGGUUUUACUCGCUCUGCUCAUCCUUUGUGUCAUCUACUGCAAGAGACAGCUCCUGGAGAAAAAACCUGCAUCCUUACGAUCCCAGGAUGGCCCCUUUGCUGGAGCAGAGCUGUCUUGCUUGGAUCGACGGCGAGUUCUUGAGUUUUCCCAUCAGCCCUGCUGUCACUGCCAUCACAUGCCUGGGCAAACUUGUGCCGGUCCUGUGCCCCUGAUUCCCUCUCUGGGCUGUGAAGACACAUGUAGUCAGGAACAAGGUCAAGACAACAGCUCAUUUCAAUCUCAAAGCAGUCUCAAUAUCAGCAGACAUGUACACCCAACAGUGGGGAGCAGCCAAGGUGAUCUGGAACAGACUCCAGAACCUCUUCCUGUGGAGUUCUCAGAGGCAUGGCCACUCAUGGACAAUACUGCAUACAGGACACACCCUCACUCUGGCUGCCCAAAACGACCCUCACCGCCCAAAACGAGCAACAACUCUUCUUCUUCAGAGGAGGAGGAUGAUGAGGAGGAAGAGAACGAACAAGAGGAAGACUGCUCACAUUCUGUCUCCACUAAACCCACUUCAGAUGUUCGACAAGAUGAAGACAGCUUGUCAGAUACCUCGCUCCUGUCACAGCAACACCUGUCUACAAUGGAAGGAUGACCUGGCCUUAUCUAACUCGUGUCUGCCCUGAAGAACGGCUCUGGAAGUGAAAAGCCCUGAGGAAGAUCCCGGCUCAGAUUACAGGAGGCCACACGCGCGCUCUGAAAGCAGGUGACGUGCCGUUACCUCCCGGCAGCCGGCGGCCCCCGGUUAUCCUACACAAAUCAGAACAGACUCUGUAAAUAAACAUAAGCAUGAUCUGUAAAAAACAGUAAAGCAGACGGAGUGAAAAGCUUGUGCAAUGCAGUGUUGAGAUGGCAGACACCUGUACAGAGUGCCAGAUCCGGCAAUGAAGAUGAACUGGAGUUAAGGAGUUCUGGAGUUCCUUACUUUGUGAGCAAAGCAAAGCAGAGAACUUGUGAUAUGAGAGGGGGGGAAAGAGAGAAAUGCACAUUACUGCAGCAGCGUUUGUGAAGAAAGUAGUUUGAAGAUACCUGUACUGAUAGGCUCAAAUGCUCUUAUUGUGUAUUCCUACCUUCAUUAUCAUUAGAACACAGGUACUUUUCUUUUGGUAACAAUAUUUGUAUAAUAAUUGUUUUGAUGCAGUAUGGUCUAUGUACACUCAUCCACAAAGAAAGAGUUGCAAAAAUAGUUGCAUACAGAAGAAAGUGUCAGAUUUUAAUACUAUUUAAUACUAUUCUACUACUGUCUUUGGCUACGUUCACAUUACAAGUCACAUUGCUCAAAUCCGAUUUUUUUUUUGCUCAGAUCCGAUUUGGCUGGAUGAUUGAUGGUUUACAUUCACAAAUGUUAAGUGACCUGUAUUUGUGUGUUGUGUAAACAAACCCGUCCCUGAAACGCCUCACAUGCACAUUGAUAUGUGUAUAAAUGUUGCUUUCUUCACAAACAAAAAAACGUCAGAUUUGAGAGAUGACUCGUAGCUUCAUGAAGGGACAUGGAUGCGCUAGCAGCUCAUAUUUGGAGCAUCUUUUGCUGGAGUGGUCUUAAGCCCACAGGGUUCUUGCACCAAAUUUUAAGUCAAAUUUAAUGCUUUUCAAGACCUUUUUAAGACUUCAAUGAAUAUAAUUUAAGAUCCAAAAAUGUAGUCAUAAUUUCUUUGCUAGAAAAUAAUGUAUUAAUCUAAACUUAAAGUUUUCCAUUUCCUCUUUUUUUAAGCUUAGUUCUUUCCCUGGUAACUUAGCUAACUUGUUGCUAAUGUUAAAAUAUAUAAGCUAGCUUGCUGAUAAUAUUAGCUAGCUCACCGCUAACGUUAGUAUGUUGGUUAGCUCACCUGGAGGUGAAAAAAGGCCAGGCGGAUUGCAUUUGCUGUUUUUGCAGCUAUAGCUGCACAGCUGCACCAAGAGAUGUGUGUGUAUGAGAGAGAAGCAUAUAGCGCAUGCAUAAAAGCAACAAGAUACAUUUUAAUUUGACUGUUUACAUUCAUGUCGCAUUUCCAUGGAUCGAAUACGUAUCUGAUUUAGGACAACAUAUGAAAGUGACUUUAAUCUGAUUAAAAAAAAAGAAGAGGAUUUUAGCAUGUUCAUAGAAACAUGAAAAAAUCAGAUCUGAGCCACAUUGAGCAAAAAAGUCAGAUGAGAGUCACUUCAGCCUGGUAAUGUGAACGUAGGUUUUGAGGCAUGCUCUUGAGACAGCAGCAGUAUGUGGAUGAGUCCAGUCUGGCAUGACUACCCACAAAGUUUAAUUUCUUCUGGGUGCAACAGUGUUUUUGAGAGUGUACAUUUACAGUCUAGGUAAAUCACGAUGCACAUAUGUGGUUUCUUGUUUGUUGCUUUGUAGAUAUUGUAAUAUAGGAAAUAGAAGGACAAUAUUUUUUAUAAUGUAGAUAGUCCAUGACCACUCACUUCUCCGAAUUAUUAUGCUUGAUGAGCACUUGGUUCUUUGUUCUUGAAUUUUAUUGCUUUACAUAUUUGUAAAUAAACCAUAUGAAACAAUACAAAAGGCCACAUUUUGUAAUUCAACAAAAUUCAUACAGUAUUCCUGAAACAAGUAGCUGGAACUUUUUUUUUUAUUCUUUAAGUCAAUAAACAAUAAUUAAAAACUUAACAAAUUACAGAGUAUAGUUUUUUUUUUUUUU